AUGACUGGGUUCUCACGAUUGGUUCGUUUCACCUGCGAGGAAGACGACGGUUCUUACUUCGCUGACCUCGGUUCCAGCGUCGUGGAGCCGCCUUCUCAAGGCACAAAGCUGGAAGCAUACCAGACCGUUGACGACCUCAUCCAACAGAAAGAUGUCAAGGUCGUAACUGUUCUCCAACUUUUGGCGCCGCUACCGGUUGACGGGGUUCCGAUAUAUUGCGUAGGCUUAAACUACCACAGCCACGCAAAAGAAGCUGGACUCACCGUGCCCUCUUACCCACCGCUAUGGACGAAACCUGCUGCGUCAUUAGCACACCCCGGCGAGGCAAUUCCCAUCAAUGACUUUUGCGCGAAAAGCUUGCUCGACUACGAGGGGGAGCUUGUCUUCGUCACGUCAAAAGACUGCAAGGAUGUAUCGCCUCAAGAUGCCGAGAAUUACAUACUAGGCUACACCGUCGGCAAUGACAUUAGUUGCAGAAAGUUUCAACUUCCGAGCAAUUCCGGAGGUCAAUUUUUCUUUGCCAAAGCAUUUGAUAAAUUUGCACCGAUCGGUCCUACGCUCAUUAGUCCAGAACUUUUUGCCAACGGUUCAGGAUGUCAAGUCAUAACAAAGGUUAACGGGCAAAUUCGCCAGACGGCGGGCAUUACAAAAGACAUGAUCUUUUCACCCCUCAAAGUGCUUAGUCACAUGAGUCAGGGUACAACGAUCCCAGCUGGCACAGCGGUAAUGACAGGAACGGCAGCGGGGGUCGGAGCUUUCCUAAAGCCAAAGACAUUUCUCCGAGACGGUGAUGUGGUAGAGAUACAAAUGGAAAAGGUGGGGAUUUUGAAAAACGAGAUUUCUUUCAAGCAUUAG